AAUAAAUAAAAUCUGAAUCCCUACCUACCAGCAGCAGAGUCGUUCCGCCACCGCCAUCUCGCCGUCCGUUCAUCGCCGUCGCCAUUUUCAGUCACUCAGAAGCUCUCCGCGACCACCCCUCAGAAAACGCACCUUAAUUUCCAACUUCACCGUCUAGUGGCAGCGCAUCUGCGUAGCGGACAACUGAUUCGACUAAACCGCCGCCUCCGGUGGACACUUCCGUAACCGGCGGAGGAAUCGGAGUCUACAUGACGAGCUACGUCUGGAGGAAGUAUGCAGAAUAUCUGCACACAAAAUGGGAGAAAACAAUCCUCUGGGACAUGAUCGAGCCGUACAAGCGCCCUAAAUCCUUUACUCCCCUUGUUACGAUCUACAUUUGUGCCUUCUACACCGGGGUUAUUGGAGCUGCAAUCACCGAACAGCGAUACAAGGAGAAAUUUUGGGAAGAGCACCCCGGGCACGAAGUGCCAUUGAUGAAGCCAAUGUUUUACGGCGGACCUUGGAGGGUUAUGAGAGGCGAAGUUCCUCGCUACAUAAAAGAACCGGGCAACCAAAUUCAGCCGGAAUGAGCAAUUUUAGACAUCGGGCUUUACUUCUCCCCCUCCAGUACUCAUUCUACGCCAAUAUCAAAUAAGCAAAUGUAUUUACAACCACCUUCGACAAGUUUCUGAAUUCGAAGGCUGUGAAUAUAGCAUUAUUUCUUGAUAUGGAACCACAAGUGCUCUAGAGUGUAUCAAUGGAGUAUACUAUUUUGAUCUUACACAAGAACCCUAUUAGUAUACAAAGACAUAGAAGUAAUUUUCUUGUGUAAUUGGAACUCUCUACCUUGUAUUCAUUUGUUUCUAACAUCCUCAUCAUAUAUCAAGAAUUGAACAUAAAUAAAGUAUUCAAAAUAGUUAUGCUUUC